AUGGCAAGAGGACGUUUUAUUUUACUUGAAGGAUGCGACCGCGCCGGAAAAUCGACCCAAUGCGCUAUGCUCGUCGCCGCCUUGAAAGAAAAAGGUCAUUCCGUUGAGCUCUGCAAGUUUCCAGAUAGGACUACGACGAUUGGACAGAUGAUUCACGCUUACCUGACCAACGCCAAGGAGUUGGACGAUAGAGCUAUCCACCUACUCUUUUCAGCAAACCGCUGGGAGGCCAUGCAAUCUAUGAAGCGUAAACUGAAGGGAGGGACGCACUUGGUUGUGGAUCGCUACGCUUAUUCAGGAGUUGCCUUUUCCACCGCCAAGGGCCUUGAUUUGACUUGGUGCAAGAACCCUGAUAAAGGAUUGGUCCGACCAGAUCUAACUUUCUUCUUGGAUCUUCCUACAACCGAAGCCGAGAAACGCGGAGGGUUUGGCGAAGAGCGCUACGAGAACCGUGAGCUGCAGGAGCGAGUUCGGGAGGUGUUUUUACAGCUGAAGGGUAAAGAGUGGGUGAUGAUUGAUGCUCGGGAAACGGUGCAGAGUAUGCACCACAGGAUCUUGAAGGAGGCCGAGGAAAACAUCCGUGUUGGCGAGCUGGAUGGCAGGUUUGCCGAGGAGGAUGAUGUCCUUUUUGAGGAUAUGUUCAUGGACUGA